CUGUCUUUCACCAACACACACUCUUACAUCGGCUGGCUGCGUGUGUUUGCAUGUGUGUGCAGUGCGAAACAGAAACAAGAAACAAGAAAAGCAAGCGAAAAAUCACAGAAAACUUAAAAAUUUGCUAACUGCAGAAUAAGCCCGCCGGGCGGAACCGCAAAAGUGGCCAAAAUUCGGCGAAAACAGCGCAAGUGUGACAAAGCAUUCGUGCCACUGCAUUCGUCGGCGAAACGGGCGAAAACAAAAGAGAAUAGUGUUGAUAGUAAUACGAGCGUAUUCAGCAGCAGCAGCAGCAGUAGCAGUGGCAGAGGAACGGAACGGUGGGCGGUGGGUGCGGACACGGGCCGGGGAACGGCCGACAACGAAACAGCGGCAGCAGUAGCAGCAGCGACAACAACAACUAAAACAAAAACAACAGCAAAUGCCGGUCGAUUUAUCACCGCUGAUCAAAUCAAAAUAGUUAAGAGCAACGAAGAAAAGGGCCAAAAGAGAAACAACCCUCUAGAUGACACAAAACAUUUGCGUUUAUCAGACUGUUUGCGUACCGUGCAAAAGCUUGCUAUUGAACUUGAGAGCGCCGACGCCGGCAGAGACGCAAACGCCGACGUUAACGUCAACGCUAACAGCGCUGUCAUGUCGGAGACGGGCUGUCGGCAUUAUCAGAGCUACGUGAAGGAGCACAGCUACGAUACAUUCCGGGUCAUCGACGCCUACUUCGCUGCCUGCGUCAACAGAGAUGCGCGCGAGAGGAAGGCGAUCCACUGCAACUGCUUUGAGUGCGGCAGCUACGGGAUCCAGUUGUACGCGUGCCUGCACUGCAUCUACUUUGGAUGUCGUGGAGCCCACAUCACGAGCCACCUGCGUUCCAAGAAGCACAAUGUUGCUCUGGAGCUGUCCCAUGGAACGCUCUAUUGCUAUGCAUGUCGAGAUUUCAUCUACGAUGCGCGGAGCAGGGAAUACGCGUUGAUCAACCGCAAGCUGGAGGCCAAGGAUUUGCAGAAGAGUAUCGGUUGGCUGCCAUGGAUUCCGACGGCGAAGGAAACUAAUCUGUUGCUGGCGAAUGCCAGGCGAAGGUUGGUGAGGCCCAAUCAAACGAUCGGACUAAGGGGACUGCUUAAUUUGGGUGCCACCUGCUUUAUGAACUGUAUAGUUCAAGCUCUGGUUCAUACGCCCUUGUUAAGCGACUACUUCAUGUCAGAUCGCCACGAUUGCGGAAGCAAGUCCUCGCACAAAUGUCUCGUUUGCGAAGUAUCACGCCUCUUCCAGGAGUUCUAUUCGGGCUCCCGUUCGCCACUGUCAUUGCACCGGCUACUGCAUUUAAUUUGGAACCAUGCGAAGCACUUGGCUGGAUACGAACAGCAGGAUGCGCACGAGUUCUUCAUUGCCACUCUGGAUGUGCUGCACCGGCACUGUGUGAAGGCAAAAUCGGAGCACGAGAGUAAGAGCAACAGCUCUGGCUCCGGAAGUGGUACCAAUUCCAGCAGCUCAAGCAGCUCGCACUGCUAUGGGCAGUGUAAUUGCAUUAUCGAUCAGAUCUUCACGGGUAUGCUGCAGAGCGAUGUGGUGUGUCAGGCCUGCAAUGGCGUUUCCACCACGUACGAUCCUUUUUGGGACAUUUCUUUGGAUUUGGGAGAAACUACAACGCAUGGCGGAGUUACCCCCAAAACCCUAAUAGACUGCCUGGAGAGAUAUACUCGCGCCGAGCACCUAGGAUCAGCUGCUAAAAUCAAAUGCUCAACCUGUGAAUCCUACCAGGAGUCUACCAAACAGUUCAGUUUGCGCACUCUGCCCAGCGUCGUAUCCUUUCAUCUGAAACGCUUUGAACACUCUGCUUUGAUCGAUCGCAAGAUCUCAUCGUUUAUUCAAUUCCCCGUUGAGUUCGAUAUGACGCCCUUUAUGUCGGAGAAAAAGAAUGCCUAUGGGGAUUUCCGGUUCUCGUUGUACGCUGUGGUCAAUCAUGUGGGCACAAUCGACACAGGGCACUAUACGGCGUAUGUGAGGCAUCAGAAGGAUACUUGGGUCAAAUGCGAUGACCAUGUGAUAACGAUGGCAUCGCUCAAGCAGGUGCUGGACAGCGAGGGUUAUUUAUUGUUCUACCAUAAAAACGUGCUGGAAUACGAGUAAAAAAGUUCGUUGGAUCGAAGCCACUGCAUUCUCCAGAAAUACACACAAAAGCAGAAAUCGUUACGAAUAAACAAAAAACAAGAACACAGACAAGGCCGCGGCAGCGUUUACGAAUUAAGUAAUAUUAAAAAAAACAAAUCCUAUAAUGGGUGUUCCCUGGAUUGAGGUUAUCUAAGCUCACAUACUCAAAACAUUGGAACAAUAGAGAACGAAAUAGAAAUUAAUGAAAAUUGUAAUCUGAACACUCGACUUGUGGGGAUACCCAUUUUUCUCUAAGUAUUUCAAAUCCAUAAUACUAAAAAACUAAUUUAAACAAA